AUUUCUGUCGUAGAUAACUUCUUACUCAUUGCCUUGUUUUACAUUAUGAAAGUAAGAUUUUCUUGAAGUGAUAAUUGAAUCUUUUUGCCUGUCUUCAUUUAGGGGCACCCCUUCCCAUCUCAUCUUUGCCUCUACUAUGUUGCAUUUUCAGCAUCUUUUCUGAUAGCUGUUGCAAAUGAAAAUGGAGGAAAUGACUUUGUCGGGCCUGGAUAACAGCAAGUUAGAGGCUUUGGCUCAUGAUAUUUAUACUGACUUGAUUGAGGAUGCUUGCCUGGGCUUGUGCUUUGAGGUACACCGUGCUGUCAAAUGUGGAUACUUCUUUCUGGAUGAUACAGAUCCUGAUAGUAUGAAGGACUUUGAAAUUGUAGAUCAACCAGGGCUGGAUAUUUUUGGACAGGUCUAUAACCAGUGGAAGACUAAGGAAUGUGUGUGCCCAAACUGUAGCCGAAGCAUUGCAGCCUCCCGCUUUGCCCCACACUUGGAGAAGUGCCUUGGUAUGGGUCGGAACAGCAGCCGCAUUGCCAAUAGGAGGAUAGCAAGUAGUAACAACAUGAACAAAUCUGAGAGUGAUCAAGAGGACAAUGAUGACAUAAAUGAUAAUGACUGGUCAUAUGGAUCUGAGAAGAAAGCAAAGAAGAGGAAAUCGGAUAAGAAUCCCAAUUCUCCCCGAAGAUCCAAGUCCCUGAAGCAUAAAAAUGGGGAGCUGAGUGGUAGCUCAGAUCCAUUUAAGUAUAACAAUUCUGCUGGAAUCAACUAUGAAACUCUGGGCCCUGAGGAGCUCCGUAGUUUGCUAACUACACAAUGUGGGGUGAUCUCUGAACAUACCAAGAAGAUGUGUACACGGUCUCUUCGCUGCCCCCAGCACACUGAUGAACAGCGGAGGUCAGUCAGGAUCUACCUCCUAGGAUCCUCUGCCUCACUUCCUGAAACAGAAAGCAGCGUGGAAAAUGAUAGCUUUGAUGUGGCAGAGAGUCAAGCUCUCAUGAGUCGGCUUCAAUGGGAUGGUUCUUCAGAUAUCUCUCCCUCUGAUUCAGCUUCGUCAAAAGCAAGUACAAACAACUCUGAAUCUCGAAAAACCAAAAAGAAGAAACCACACAUGAGCCUGGUAGGAAGUGCUUCAGGAAUGAGCUCCAGUAAAAAGAAACUGAAGUCUAAACCACUUGCCCCUCCUACUCCCAGCCUCUAUGAUGACAUAAAUUGAAUAAUUUUGAGAUGAGAAAAACAGGGAGGGCUCCAGGAAUCUGUUCUGUUCCUUUCUGACCCAGAUCGGGAGACAGAUCUGGCUGAUAUCCUCUCAAGUGGUCCCUUGCGGACAACCUUUACAAUAAUUAACUGUGAAGAUAGAUGGCUGCAUGUGUCCACUGCCCUCGUCUCAAGCCUCCUAAAACACGUGGCAUAGCCCUAUGGCCACCAGAUGUAUAAUGAAAGACUAGGGCUGCUUUGGGGGAGAGUGGGCUUCUCCACUUCUGGGGAAAAGGGAUGGUGGUGGUUUGAGGCAGGCCUUAAAGGUGGAUAGCACCUCCAUCAAUCAGGGAGGAAUUGGUGUCUCUCCUUCCCGUUUCAAUUUGUCUAUUUAUUGUGAUGUUAGUGGUUGUUCAAUCAUGACUAUAUAUAUGGUGGCAUCAUAUUUGCUUAGCAGUGCUAGAGGCUGAAUUGGCAGGGCUGAGAGGCAUCUAUGCAUAUAAACCUGCCUGUGCUCUUUUGUUGAUUUGGAAGGGUAUGGCAGAAAGGAGAAGAAUCAGUGCCUACCCUUUUGUCUUAAGUGUCUACUCCAGUGGCCUCUUCAUUGUCAAGAGAAGUAGCACGAGAUUAUAGAUCAGCCUCUUCUCUGAGGUUUUUGCCUUGUUCAGUUAUCCUAAUAUGCUGAGACGGGCAGAGGGUUGAAAAGAUGUUGCUGUUGUCACUAUUGUUUCCUGACACUAUCUGCUUCUUCACCACUAGCAUCUCUAAAAUCUUAUAUAAAUCAACAUUAAGAGUCUGGGGUUGUAUUCUUCCUAUUAUAUGGAUAUCAGGAAGCUGGUGAAGAAGUUAAUUUCCUUACUUGUGCUUGGAUACAAAUCUCUAUUUAUCUAAUCUUGAUGAGCCAAGACAUGCAUUACAUAUAAGUUAAUACACAUGUUUAAAUGUCCCUGACAAUUUACUGUAAAUUUGAAUUAAUGAAUUUUAAAACAGCUCUCAUUGAGACCAGGCAGGGAGAUUAUGCUCUGACCUACUAGCUAUUAUUAAUUUCUCUUUAACUUAGUGUAUUUAAAAUAUUAAAACUGUGCUGGAGUAUUAGGGGCAAAAUCAAAAAAGUUAGAGAUAAUGGGAUGGGAUGGGAGGGAGAAUAUGUUUUUUUAGAUUAAUAGUUUUACUAUAUUUCCCCCUUUCACCCUCUUUCACGCCCCCCCCAAAUAUAUUUUCCCUCCACUUCAUUCCUGCUCUAUUCUAGUCUUUUUACAGACAACUGCUGUUUCAAAUCUACUGCCAUAAAUCAUGAUACAAUGAUUUUAUAGAUAGAUGCUAGAAAUUGUAGUACUACUUCUAUGGAAUAUUGCCUCUGCUUUUUGCUUCCCUUUCCUGAACCUUUACAAUGUGUACAACAACUAUACAGAAGUUAUGUAACCAUUUCAAAAUGUGUUCCCUCUUUUCUUCCAAAAGUGUGCACAUGAAAAAGAUCAUUUGUUGUAUCUACCCAUACGUCUAAUUUACUGAAGCUUAGCUGUUUCCUUCCUAAUGUAAGAAUGUUUGUAGUUAAUUUCUACAGUAGUAGAUGAUCCAAAUUGCUAAUAACAACUGCUUGAGGCUGUUGCCUGGAUUGAGGUGGCUGACAACUUUCUUUUGCUUCAUUUCCCUCUUUGUUCCUAGCAACUAAAAAAAGUCCUUGAUCAAAAGAUAGAGAAACUCCAUGUUUUCCACUGUUAAAAUCCAUAGCUCAAUUACAUCAGGGAAAGCUCUCUGAAAAAUCCCCAUCAACUGUCCUGAUGUGAAAAGCUUUCAGCACAUGCAAUACUGUUUACAGGAAGAAUCUCUAAGGGACUGCCAAGUUCUUCCUUUCUCCCCAGAGUUCCAUAUGCUUUUCCGGUGCUGUUACAUGUGGGGGCAAAUUCUGUUUACCAUAGUGCUUAUGUUAAGGCAUAAAUGCUAGAUCUGUUGCUGUCCUAAAUUGCUUCAAGUGUGGAAAUAGGAGACAUAGCAAGUCAACAUUACUGAGGUUGAUCUUCUUUUCUUGCCAUUAUAUACUUGGGCAAAAGGUAUGUUGUAUAGAGAGGAUUCUGGGAUCAAGGCGGGCCUUCCUGAAAGAUCUUUCUGGACAGUGAUAAAAAAAAAACCUAGCUUUGUGGCACUCUGUUAAAGGAAAACCUGUUUGCAGGAAUCUUAAUCUUUUUCCUUCCUGAUCUUAAUCUACAAAGCAUUACUCCUGCAUUGCCUAGACCAGGGCUCCCCAACCCUCAGUCUGUGGAUCAGCAUCGGUCUGCGGCAUGCCAGCAACCGGGUCAUGCAAACAAGCGAAGUCCCAUCCACGGGAUGCAAGCAGCAUGCAAAACCACACUCUCUGCUCUGCUCUGUGGAAAACUCCCCAUCGAACUGGUCCCUGGUGCCCAAAAGUUUGGGGGCCACUUGCCUAGAUUUCAUACUUAGCACAUGUUUUUAAAUAUAUGACUCGGUAUUCUAUAAGAGCUGUGUAAGUAUGGAUCAGACAAUUGCCUAACACCUCCUUAUAAUGUAGCUAUUUGAUGUGAAUAGCUCUCCCUCUUUCUAAGGGAGGUGGGAAAAGCUGGAUAUUGUUCACUUCCUGAUAACAAGUAAUUAAAUACUUAAAUCAUGUAUCAAAAUGCUGGCUAACUUUACACUAUUGCAGCAAUGUAAAGAUAGCAAGUGUGAAAGAAGAGUAAAAGUAGAUCCCUGUUUGUUUCCCAUGACUGCAACUCAAGCUUUUGGGAUCAUGUUUCAGGCAACUUUGGAAGUACAAACUUUGGGGACUUUUGAACAUUAUUAAUUUAGCAAGAGGGGAGGACAAAGGUCGUUUUACAUGCGGAUCUGCACCUGCACCCAUUAUUUUUUAAGGUAGGCCUGUUUCACUUGAAAAAAACAAACCUUGUAUUCUAUCAUGAAUGGAUUAAUGAGUUUUUAAAUUUGUUGAUGUAUAAAACUGCACCUAUGUGAUAUUUUUGAACAUGUGCAGAAAUCAUUUAAGAAAGUACUGUACUGUGGUCUCUGAUUUUUUUAAAAAAUGUUUUAUCUAUAUAAUCUCAGACUGUACAGGUAGCUAGAUAUUAAAAAAAACCCUGUCAAAUCUGUAUUUUUUUCUUCCCAUUCAUGGAUUGUGAAAUGCUUGUGUAAAUAAACUGUAACUCU